AAUGUCCUCGCCGAGCUUCCGUAGGGGAGGGGAGGCGAGGCGAGGGGGCAAGUAUUAAACUGUCAUUUCGAAGGCCUCGGGAUUUAAACCGCCCCGAAUCAGGUGAUAGACCGCCGAUUCAGGGCUGGGCUAGGUCCCAGAAGACGGGCGGGAGAUGGCGCAGCCAGCCGGAGCCCCUUCUGGUACCGUCCCUGAGGAGCCACCGCCGCUGCCUCACUCCUCCUCGUCGUCCUCGAGCGGUGACAGCGGCCACGUCUCGCAGAGCCACAGCAGCGCCUCCGGCAUCGGCGACGAACACGCGGGGACAGGCGAUGCCUCGCGCGGAGAGUUUCUACUGGCCGCGGCGGCGACUGACUACGCCUCCUACUUGCUCCCUUCGCCGCUCGAAAACGUCGCCUCAGCCGGGCAGAUCGGAACUUUGGACAAGAGUCUUGAAGAUUUAUUGAUCAGGGUAGAUGAGUUUGUGGGAAUGCUGGACAUGAUUAGAAAUGAUUCUUCUCAAGUAAUUAAUGAAAGUGUGCCACAUAUUCAUGCAAAGGCAAUGGAAAUGAAGAAGCUCUAUAGAAAGAUUGACAAACUAGAGGCCUUUGUAAAAAUGAUUGGUAAUAAUGUGGCUGGAAUGGAGGAACAGAUCAUAAAGGCAGAAUCAGACCUUGGAAAUUUUCCGAACACGUUAAAAAAAUUAUUGUACACAAUCAACGUGCCAUCUUUUCUAAAUAAAUCAUCUUCAUCGAGGCAAAAUCAAGCCCUGUAUGAGCCACUUGAUCUUUUCAAAACUGAAGACUACUUUCCUUGUCUUGAUCAAGGACAAUGUAUGUGAUUUAACUGGAAGCGGUAACACGUAAAGGAGAGUAUUAUCAGUAAGAUCCAUGCUGGCCUUUAGGCUGUUGCUGCACUUUUUUCCAGAAAACUACGGUGCCUUCCUUGUGUGUCCCAGUUUGUCUUCAAGUGUAUUUACUUUGGCUGGAUUUUCUGUAGAAAUAAUAUACUGCACUAGUAUCUUAAAGCACAAUCUAAUAUAAAGCCUUAAUUGGCAGCUAAUUUUAUCAAGAAAAGGUAGUAUGUAUAUUAUAUAAACUGUAAGCAAGUCUAACACUAUCCUCCUAAUUGAGAGAUUAGAGAGGGAAUGGGUGGGACUGGAUACACAGGAAGGUCUUCCAGCCAUUAUUUUCAGCCAGAAUUGUUCAGAAAAACCAACCUAUAUAAUUCACCUCUAUAUUUUUCUCUCUCCUAGUAUAAGACUAGGGUAUGAAAGAUUUUACAACCAAGUAACAAACUGUGUUCCAUGGUUUUCUGGCUAAAUUCUUUUUGAAGAUUAACAAAGUCUAUAUGUAGAGAAAUAGGUGGGGAAAACAAAAUAUAUUGCGUUACCUGCUGUUAAUCUCUGUACCACAGGCAUAUUUUUGAAAUAGUAGUACUUAAAGUGCAAUAAGGACCAAAAUAUGCUUUGAUGGAAAUGAUCUUGAUUCUGUUCAACACAGCAAGAAAUCCACUGGCUGACUAGAACAUAAUAUAAGUAACUUUGUUAUUUGAAGUGCUAUAUAUUAAAGAAAAACAGCAAUAUGUAGCUUGCUAAGUUGCAGAAGCAACUUCAUAAAGUUUUUCAUGAAUAUCCUUUUAUAUAAAAUGUGAAAUGUUUGAUCACCAAAGCACUUAUAUGUUAACUUGUAAUUAAGCAUUUACAUUUUUAGAUUAAAAUACCAUUUUAAAGCA